AUGGAUAAGGAAAACUUAUUAAUUGCGUAUUUGUGCGUGAACCGAUUUGAAACAAAGGAAAUUGCAGAUGAAUGUGGACAAACAGUCUGUAUUGUGAAGUCGCAUUGGAAAAGGUUAAGGGAGACGUUUAUGACGAAAUUAUCCAAAAUACAAUAUAAACGCUCUGGAGAUGGCGCUGACGAAAAUGAUUCCGAAAAACCGGACUGGAUAUAUUUCGAUUCGCUUUUAUUUCUUGAGGACCAAAUGAUACCAAGAAAAAGUUCGGGAAAUUUUCAUGAAGGAGAGGAGGAAUCUGAACUCACUGAGAUGCAAGAAAAAUUGAUAGAAAGGCAUAGUGUCAGUGAUGAUGACUCUCGAAGUUAUAUAACUACUUCUAUUUCUCCUCGAAGUACUCCACUUCCCUCGCCAUCUGCCCCAGUACCAAAAACUAAAAACGAAAGGUGUGAAAAUAAAAAGCUGGAUAGUGAUUUAAACGAAAAUAUAGUCGACAACAAUUUGGAAGAAAACCCGGAUGCUCAUACUAUGAUGAUGACUUUAGAGCAAGAACCUAGAGAGUUGGUACACGGUAAUAUGGCAAAUUUUAGCACUGUCAGUACCUCAUCUCUGGAUCCCAUCAAUCAUGAUCCAUCUUCGUUAGUAAUGCCAAAUAUUGAUAGUGAUUAUCAUCCUACUGAAGAAGACUGUGAAUCUGAUGACUUAUCUAAUAAUGAAGUAUUAUUGCUCACGAUAAUACCACUAAAAAAGCAGUAA